AUGGCGAGCGAGGAGACCCUGGCGGCCGACCACCGGCGACAGAGUCAGCAGCUGAUGCGGGGAGACGACGACAACGGCCGCCGCCGCCAGCAGGACGGUGACGAUGACAGCAGCAGCAGCAGCACUAGCGCCGUGGCGCGGCGGUGCGCGCGCGACAGAGGUCUCGUCAGACCGGCGGCAGUGGCGCCGUCGCCGCUGCUGGCUGCCGGCGUCGUCGUCGGUUCACCUCGGCAGGGUGCCUUCGCCGGCGGCGGCGCCGUAGCCGCGCCGGUGCUCGAGAUCGACCCGCUGGCGGCGGCCACCGGGCUGUCCAUGAAGCGGUCGCUGCAGCUGUUCCUGCAGAAGCGCAAGGCCAGGACGGCCGCCGCCGUCGCGCCGCCCUACGCCGCCGGCGGCCGCCACGCUCAGGCUGUCAGGCGAUGA